AGUAAACUCAGCUCCUCCCCAUAGCGAUCGAGGACCGUCCCCGGGUCUUCCGUCUUGGUGAACGGACCGCCACUCAACACGUCGAUGUACGGACACCAGAGCGUGUAGUCGAGAUCGAACACCACGAGGCGGGGGACGUGUGUCCACUGCGGUGACGACGCUGCAUCAUGCGCUGCCCGCCGUGAAUCUCCCUCCAUUCGCCGCAUUCCUUAUGGUGUGAGCAAUCGAUUAUGAUGUGGGGAGAGGUUUUGCGAUCUUCUGGCAACUGCAUAAGCCCUUGGUGAUAGAAAAGACCUUCAAAAGAGUGCCAUAAGCUCUCUAUUCCUCGCACGAAAAGCUCAUUCUACAAUUUACUUUGAAAGCACAACAACUAAACCAAGUCAAACAUUAUGCCGAAGGCUCUUGUUCCGGGAAAGAACCGCUCUACUGAGAGCAAGGACCCGGACUUCGCUACCCAGGUCUUCCGGAAAUGGACCUACAUUCCGCAGCUCGUGGUCUUCGACCUUGACUUCACUAUGUGGUUCCCGGCCAUGGACGAGCUGCACAACGAGAAGAUCGCUAAGGACCCGGUCACGGGUGACGUCACAGACGCUAUUGGUUGGCAAGUUCACUUCUACCCGGAGAUCCACGCGGUGUUGAGUGUGUUGAAGACGGACCCUCAGUUCCGUAACACGAAGAUCGGCGUGGCGUCACGUACCGAGGAGAUCGAGACGGCCAAGAAGGUUCUGACUCUGAUGGACGUGGAGUUGCGCGGUGAAGACGGUGAGCUGACCAAGAAGACGCUGAGUGACAUCGCAGACUUCGUGACCGUGUUCCCGGGCAGCAAGACGACGCACUUCAAGCAACUGAAGGAGCAGAGCGGCGUCGAGUUCGAGGACAUGCUGUUCAAUGACGAUGACGUGGAGAAUGUACACGACGUGAGUGCGCUGGGCGUGGUGUGCUCGCACUGCCCCGAAGGUCUCACGGUGGCGUCGUGGCUGCAGGGUAUGGAGGACUUCCAGCUCGCCAAGAAGCAGCAGAGUGUGUAGAGUACAUAUAGCUAGGAGUGACCUUCUACAUCGAUACAGAUAAGGCGAUAAUGCACAAUUCACAAACUUCUAGAUGAGUACUGCU